AUGCUAUCUAAGCUCAUGGGCUCUCUCUUUCCUCUAACUCUCAAACCUCAAUCAUCCUUUCACCCUCUUUUUCACUUCAACACCCUCACACCCACUUUUACUUCUCCUUGUUCUCAAUCUCAAUCUAAUACAACUACUAAUCCACACAAUUCUCAACCAAACCCAUCUUGGGUUUCUUUCCCUUUCACGCAUUUCAUCAAAAAGGUGGCAGCUUUAACAACCCACAACAGGGUUUCCAAUGAAAACCAACAAGGGUCUUGUUGUUACUUGCAAAACGGAGGGUUGGGAGUGGCUUUAUUAAGCGUAACGGCUAACGCCAAGGUUAAGAUUAGUCCUUUUGUUGCUACGUUGGCUUCCAACCCAACUUUUGUUUCUGGUUUGUUUGCAUGGUUUGUGGCACAAUCCAUCAAAGUUUUCUUGAAUUUUUGUAUGGAAAGAAAAUGGGAUUUGAGACUCAUGUUUGCUUCUGGAGGAAUGCCUUCUUCUCAUUCUGCACUAUGUACUGCUCUCACCACUUCCGUUGCUCUAUCUCAUGGUGUUGCUGAUUCACUCUUUCCUGUUUCUUUGGGAUUUAGUCUUAUUGUCAUGUACGAUGCUAUUGGCGUUAGAAGACAUGCUGGUAUGCAAGCUCAGGUGCUUAAUAUGAUUGUGGCUGACAUGUUUCAAGGCCAUCCAAUUAGCGAAAGGAAGCUAAAGGAACUUCUUGGUCACACCCCAUCUCAAGUAUUUGCUGGUGCUUUGCUUGGUUGUUUAGUAGCAUGUUUAUGCUGUCAAGGUUGUGUUUUGGUGGGUUAA